UCACCACUUCACCACGGAACGGCAUCCUUGUUAGGCCAUUCUGCGUCCGAAGACCUUCUUAAUUCCUGAUUUACCCCAUUUUUUCAACUUAACAAUCAAAAUGCGUGAAUGUAUCUCUAUCCACGUUGGUCAAGCUGGUGUUCAAAUUGGUAAUGCUUGCUGGGAAUUGUACUGUCUGGAGCAUGGAAUUCAGCCUGAUGGUCAGAUGCCUUCUGACAAGACUAUUGGAGGGGGAGAUGACUCAUUCAACACCUUUUUCUCUGAAACUGGUUCUGGCAAGCAUGUUCCCCGUGCUGUCUUUGUCGACUUGGAACCCACCGUCGUCGAUGAGGUCCGUACUGGCACUUACCGCUCUCUGUUUCACCCUGAGCAAUUGAUCACCGGAAAGGAAGACGCCGCCAACAACUACGCUCGAGGUCACUACACCAUUGGCAAGGAAAUCGUCGAUCUUGUGUUGGAUCGCGUCCGCAAGCUCUCUGACCAAUGCACUGGCCUUCAGGGAUUCCUCAUCUUCCACUCCUUUGGUGGUGGUACUGGCUCAGGUUUCACUUCCUUGUUGAUGGAACGCCUUUCGGUCGACUAUGGCAAGAAGUCGAAGCUGGAAUUCGCCAUCUACCCUGCUCCCCAGGUCUCUACUGCCGUCGUCGAACCCUACAACUCCAUCUUGACCACCCAUACCACUCUCGAACAUUCCGAUUGCGCCUUUAUGGUUGAUAACGAAGCUAUUUAUGACAUCUGCCGUCGCAACUUGGAUAUCGAGCGCCCAAGCUACACCAAUUUGAAUCGCUUGAUUGGACAGAUUGUCUCUUCCAUCACGGCCUCUCUUCGCUUCGAUGGUGCACUUAACGUCGACUUGACAGAAUUCCAGACCAACUUGGUCCCCUACCCUCGUAUCCAUUUCCCGUUGGUGACUUACGCACCCGUCAUCUCUGCCGAGAAGGCUUACCACGAACAAUUGACCGUCGGCGAGAUUACCAGCGCAUGCUUCGAGCCGGCCAACCAGAUGGUCAAAUGCGACCCUCGUCAUGGAAAGUACAUGGCUUGCUGCAUGUUGUACCGUGGUGACGUCGUCCCUAAGGAUGUUAAUGCCGCAAUUGCUACCAUCAAGACCAAGCGUACCAUCCAAUUCGUCGACUGGUGUCCCACUGGCUUCAAGGUUGGCAUCAACUACCAGCCCCCGACCGUUGUCCCAGGAGGUGAUUUGGCUAAGGUUUCCCGUGCUGUCUGCAUGUUGUCCAACACCACUGCCAUUGCUGAGGCUUGGGCUCGUCUCGAUCAUAAGUUUGACUUGAUGUACGCCAAGCGCGCUUUCGUCCACUGGUACGUCGGUGAGGGUAUGGAGGAAGGUGAAUUCUCCGAGGCCCGUGAAGAUCUUGCAGCCCUCGAGAAGGAUUACGAGGAGGUCGGCAUGGACUCGGUUGAAGGCGAAGGCGAAGGCAAUGACGAAUAUUAAAGGUAACGCUCCAGGUUUUCCUGCACACCGAAAUUUUCACGCUUCUUCAGAUCUAUCUCGCGAGCUUUUACUAGGAAAGCAGAGCAUGCUACAAGCGUUCAAUACAAGAAUUUGCAAACCAA